CUUAUGUCUUUCUGCUAAUCUUCGUUUUCAUGCCGAAAUCACCUCGCCCGCUCUUGCUAAAACCCUAGUCUUACUCUGCGAAGAUGCCGCCAAAGUUUGAUCCGUCACAAGUCGUCGAUGUUUACGUCCGCGUCACCGGUGGUGAGGUCGGAGCAGCGAGUUCUCUCGCUCCGAAGAUCGGACCACUCGGUCUCUCUCCGAAGAAGAUCGGAGAAGACAUAGCCAAGGAAACGGCCAAGGACUGGAAGGGUCUUAGAGUCACUGUCAAGCUGACCGUACAGAACCGUCAGGCUAAGGUCUCCGUCGUACCCUCUGCCGCCGCUCUGGUCAUCAAGGCGCUUAAGGAGCCUGAACGUGACCGUAAAAAGGUGAAAAACAUUAAGCACAGCGGGAAUAUUUCACUCGAUGACGUGAUCGAGAUCGCGAAGGUUAUGCGCCCUAGGUCUAUGGCUAAGGAAUUGCAAGGAACUGUGAAGGAGAUCCUCGGAACUUGUGUUUCUGUUGGCUGCACUGUUGAUGGAAAAGAUCCCAAGGAUUUACAGCAGGAAAUUGCUGACGGAGAUGUUGAGAUUCCUCAGGAUUGAUUUAUAUAUUCAGGUGAGGAUUUUUGUUAGUUUUUUGAUAUAGUUUAAACUUCAGUUGCUUUCUGUUCUUUAAUGCUAUGAGAAUUUUGAUUUCA